AUGUGUCGUUCACUUGAAGAGUAUCGGGGCCAGAAUUGCUCGCUGCGGCUGGUACACGUGGGCAAGGCCGAGGUGUUGCAGUCGGUGACCAGCGCCGGAACCCUGGCCACGGAGCAUCAUUCAAUGGAUCGGCGCCUUCACAAUGUGGUUCGGAGCGAUGUAGUGGUAGCCGGGCAGCGGCAGGCCGGCCGUCUCCAUCGUGAUUCUGAAACGUCCAAGCGCACG